AUGUCUAAACUUAGCCCUGCUCUUACCACCACUAAGAUCAACGAAAUGGCAACCUUUCCUCAAUUCGCUAGACUCCCUAUCGAGAUUCGGGACUUGAUAUGGGAAAAGGCUCUCAUCAAAGACAGAGUUCUUAGCAUGCAUGUUUGGACCCUCGGAGAGGAAUGCUGGGAUGAGGCACGAACUAUGCAUGUGCUCCAUGGCAGACCUGUGGAGAAAGAGGUUGCAGCCGUUAUUGGUUCUCCAACUACUCCCCAGCUUCCCAACAGACAGGAGACGGAAGUCAAUGCAGGAUCGGAGAAGAAAUAUGGUGUCUUCGUUGAUGAUAAAGUAGCCAUAAGCAAACUGUUCCGCGUCAACGCUGAGUCGCGCGAGGCUGCGAAAAGGGUUUACAGGGUACACAUUCCCUGUACUUAUAUGAAACCAGGGCUCUAUGAGAAGGGAACGCUGUACCUUCGGCCGGAAUCGGAUACCAUACGCAUGGGUCUUACCGAAGGGUUUGGUCGCUUCGCUCAUUGUGUUUGGGCAACGGAUCAUCGGCACGUUGGGCUCGUCAACCUAGCCCCCGACCUUAAAGUUCAGUUUCGUGGCUUUAAUGGUUUAAAUUGGCAGAAUGAUUCGUUUCCAGAAGAUCCUGCUGAGGUAAAGCUGUGGAAGGAGGGCCUGGGAAGAUUGACAGACGUCAGCUUUCAGGAUACCAUACCAGGAUGUGUGGAUCCACGAUGGGCGGACCUUCGCACAUUCUCUGGGCCCUUGGCACCCAUCGAUCUCCAUCUCCCUGGGUUCCAGGACAAAUGGGUCAAAGCCAAUUCACCUCAGUACCUCCCAAUAGAGGGUAUGAGGCUGAGCGCUCUGUUCUGGUUCCGUCUCUUGUCCAGAGAGGAAAUCACGCUGUCGCCCGAUGUCAACUAUAGCUGCCUGUUCAGUCAAAGAGACACACUACACCAAUGUCUUCCAAACAGAACCAAGAAGUGGCAAUGUGCAGCAGAGUUAUUCAUCCAGGACUUCAGAGCAAAGGGGAAAGAGGUUGUUCCUGGAUACUGGCUUUUUCCGAUGGAUUACCUUUCAUUCGUCAAGAUUGACAAGGGCAAGUUCUGCGUGAACCAGAACAACUCGAAGUUGGAAGAGAUAAAGUCCAGUUUUGAGCUGUGUAUACACCGGCUUACUGCUUACUCGGAGCAGACUGGGAUAGUGGACUGUCGGAAACGGCAUCUGUGGAAGACAUCAUAG